AUGGCUCAAUCUCAGUUUUCUUUAAUGUGGAAUGCACAUAAGAAGAAUAUAUGUAACGGAUUAAGCACUCUACAGCAGAAUGGUGAGUUCGUAGACAUGACUCUGGCUGCAGACGGUCAUCUGGUGAAGGUACAUCAAGUGAUAAUUGCCCUUGCAAGUUCAUACAUUAAAGAUCUUAUAUCGACAGCGCAAUGCCCGCAUCCUGUAAUAUUUCUCAAUAAAAUUUCAUAUACAACACUAAGUGCAAUAUUGGAGUAUGUUUACACAGGAGAGGUAUUGGUGUCUAUAGAAAAUUUAAAUGAUUUUUUACAAGCUGGCAAAGAACUACACAUUAAAGGACUCGAGGAUAUGAAAAUACAUGACUCCUUGAACUCCAGCCAAAACUUCUCUAAGAAUGAUAAUGACGCAGAAUGCAGCAUGGACACUUUGAAUGACGAAAUAUGCUACUUCGAGAUCUCCAAUAAAGAUGAUGACGAUUCUAAAUAUGUUGAAAUGACUAAAAUUAGAGAUACUGAAGGUGAGAGCACAAUGGUACUGAGUACAAACGACGAUAACUUAUACACGGACGGCAACGAUGAUGACUCUAUGACUGAUGUAAUCAAAGCACAAUUUGAAAAACAGGACGGCAAUUUCGAUAAAAAUUAUAGCGUGAUGCAAUACACCGUGUCAAACCAGGGCUCUUUACAAAUGAUAUUGAAUAGAUACGUUUACUAUUUGAAACACACGAACAGGAACAACUCCCGCCAAUGGCGCUGCGUCGAUUAUCUCAACAAUAUUAAAUGUCCCGCCCACGUUAUUACCAAAGAUGAUGUAGUUAUACAAAGAAUUUCGGCUCAUGUUCAUCCGUUCCACGAUAAGAAAAUAUUGAAGAAAGUGCGCGCUGGAACAAUCUUCUCUGCUAUAAAUGAGGCUGUACAAGAAGGGAAAAAUAAAAAGAAUCAAAAUAAUGAUGAAUAA